UAUCGUUCGCGAAUGCCUUAUCGGCAAAUAAAAUAUAGCUAACUUACUACAAUAUUAAAAUUAAUAAAUGUAUUUGGAGUGCUACGUACGAAAACCAAGAUAUUUGCAUAUCCCCUAAUUGCUUUAUAUAUAUCGAGUCAAUAAUUUUUGCAACCGUAAUAAAUUGAACUGUUUUAGUGAACUAGUUCAACGUUAAGCACAAACUCUAAGAAGCGAUAAUUUCAUGAAAAAAAUCUUACAAACGCAAAAAUUAACGCAAUAACAAAUUUGUAAUUUAAAAUAGCAGCGAAAGAAAAUGUGAGCAUACUAAAUGUACACAAAACAAAGCUCAGAUUUACAUUUCCGACAUAUUUGGGUCAUACGUAUGUAUUUCAAGAUUUGUUUGUAAGAGUGUAGAAGAAAGACAGGACUGAAGAGGUACAAAAUGGACAUUAUUAACGAUCAAUCAAGGUAUUCGCGAUCUGAUUUACUAGCUCUGCGUUAUGAAGGAAGUUCACGUCAACGACCGAAUUGUGCACAUCGAGCUGAUCUGCAGACGUUAAAUUUUUGGAAAAAUAAUGGGCUUCAAACAAAUGUAAGCAACAGCAGCAGCAAUAGCUGUGGAAAUAAGAGUGGGUUAUCCCCAGAAAGGGAAAGUUCAAGUCUAACUAAUGCCAAUGGGCUUUUGAGUUCGAGACGAGCACUGCGAAAUCGCGAACGUGCUCACAAUUAUUAUCAACGUUUUACUUCUGGCGAUCAAAUUUCUGGAGAGGAAUUACAACAGCAGACUAACUUAGCCUCAGCCAGUGGCAAUCUGUGUGUCUCCACAUACAAAUCGCCCAAUAUAGAUCACCGUAGUAUAUCCUCAGCGCAUUUAAUGCCAGCCUUUGUGAAAAAACGUUUUGUAGUUGAACAAACCGAAACGCAAAAUGAUGAUGGAAAUAUGAAAGAAAAUAGCUCAGCAGCUGCUGCGACGGGUCCUCAAAGCAGCCUUGAACUAAAAAGUCACAAUCAAGUGCGUUCUAUCAGCCGAGCUUCUGGUACAACUGCUGGUGCGUCAGCAGAUUGGGAACGUGGUGAAAAACACUUAAGUUCUCCACAUAAUGAGCAAUCGAUGUCCCCGACUUCGUUCUUAGGUGGACGUCAGGCGGCGAGCAGCUUGAAUGUACAGGAAAGACGUAUUGGAAGUGGCCGCCUAUUACCACGAAAUGAUAAUUGGGAAUAUACAAAACACAAAGAAACAGAUAAUUUAUUAAAUAAUCUUGAUAAGGAACGACCACAAAAUGGAAACCCAGCCAACCAGUAUCAGCAACAUCAGCCACAACAGCAGCGUCUGCGUACAUCAUCUGGAAAACACAUCGAUAAUUUAGUAGAUCGCGAUCGCGAUCGUGAGAGAGAUCGUCGCAAACCAAUGGAUAAUAAUCGCGAUCAAAACGAUGGAAAGAAAAAUGUUCAAACUGGACGCAGUCGCACUUCAAACAAUAAAGAUAAAUUUAAUUUCGGUGAAUGUCACUCGGGCAAUAUGCAAAAUCGUGGCAAACGCAUGAAUUUAUAUCAAGGACAUGAUAGACAUGAGCCGGAAUGGUUUAGUGCUGGACCUACAUCACAGCAUGAAACAAUUGAUUUGCAUGGAUUUGAUGAUUACGAAAGCGAAAAUUCAUCGGUAGAGUUGAAAAACAUCAAAGAUGAUAUUAACAAAGCAUCAGAUGUUAAGACAAAUCAUCCAUCAUCAAGAAGAAGUAGCAUAGCCAGUUUAAAUAAUAACACAAAUGAUGUGGACGAACAACAUGCUGCAACAAAUAAUAAACAAAACAAUUAUAAUUCUAAUUCAGUUCCAAAAUCUGAAGUUGAAUUCAAUUUCGAUGCCUAUCUUAACAUGGAUCCAAUGGAUCAUGCACUAAUGGGAAACGACAGCGAGGUGCAAGGGGAUGUCCAAAGUACAUCGCGUUUCAGUCAAUGGUUUGCAUGCAAAGAGCCAACAAAAAACAACGAUCACGUAUUUAUUGGAGACUCUGCUACAGUUGAAACGCAAGAAAUUCCGAGUGUAAAAGAAUUAGAAGCACAAAUGAGAAAAGUUGAUUUACGUCCGGAAUAUGAUAUAAAUAAAUCGCAGGCAAAUGCACAUCAACAACGACAAACAAUGUAUUCCGAGCAGAGAGAUAAAUCUGUUACCAGAGAUACAGAAGGUUUUAAAAGACUUUUGCAACAAUUGGGCUCACAGAGCAAUUCUGAAUUAACAUACCCUAUAACUGGGAAUGUGACAGCAGUUCGCUGCGUUCCUCGUCAUCAGCAGCAGCAGCAGCAGCAGCAGCAGCAGCAGCAGCAGCAGCAGCAGCAGCAGCAGCAACAACAGCAGCAGCAGCAACAACAACAGCAACAACAGCAGCAGCAACAACAACAGCAGCAUCCAAAUCAAAUUAGAGAAGAUGAUAUUCAUCUAUAUCAACAACAACAACGGCCUAAAAAGAAUGAUUCUUUGUCACAUAGGCAUAUGGAGAUGAUGUCGCAAAAUCAAAUACAUCCUCAUGUUCAUGAAUUAAAUAUUUCCUUGCAAACGCAUAAACGUAUGGAGAUUCAACAAUUAUUACAAGGUGUUGCUCGAGGCGAUGUUUCGGUUGAACUUUUAGAAAGGGAAUUAAAUAAUCCGCAUGGAACGCCUCAAUCGAGAGAAAUAAUUUCAGCAGUACUUUUUGAGUACACCAGUUCUGGGCGUAAUACUCUCCACCAGCAGCAACAUCAACAUCUAACGUAUGCAAAUGACACAAAUUCUCAAAAUAUUGUGAAAAAUAAUCAAUUCUUUAGCAAGAAUGUGAGCCCUGAUGAUAUAUACCCACAUCAAAACACAACGAGCCAAGGUCUCCAUCAAAAUCCCACACAUACUAAUUCACCGACCCCUUUAGCAUUUACGCCAACAUCGGUUUUAAGAAAAAUGACAGCUGAUAAGGAGACAUCAUCAUCCACAUUGAAUAACAGUUCUACGUUCAAUCAAGUGCAGCAGCAACAAUAUGCUCAGCAAUAUAAACUAUCAGCGCCGCCACAUCCAAAACUGGAUAAUCAGCGAAUAGUACAUAAUAUGUUGAAUGAAACAUCACCACCAAAUCAGUUGCAACCUCGAAUGAUUUUGGGUGGCAAUUACGCGAUGCAGCAUCAAUUGAAUACCAAUAGUCCACAAAAUUCACCAAAAUUACCGCCGCAGAUGUCGCAAAAGCAAAAUCGAUGGCCACCUGGAAAUAUGCAAAUAUCCACAGCAACAUCACAUGGUACAAAAUCUUUCGGGCGUCCGAUUUUAAAAGGAACUUUGAACUCGGGUUCACAAAUGCCCGCAACAUUUCUACUAAAUAAUGAGUUACAACAACAGAUGCAUCAACAAAAGUUAAAAUCAAUGCAAACACAAACAACGGCGGAUACAAUAAAUAAUGAGAGCAUUCGCAUUGGACUGUCUCCACUUCAAAUUGUUCCAUAUAACGAAGGAAUUACCUCCCAGUUGCAGCAACUUCAACAACAACAUUUUAUCCAACAGCAAAGAUCGCAGACCCAACCCCAGUCACUGCCUGGGCAUCUUUUAUUGCAUGGAGAUUUACAUCGUCAAAAUAAUUCAACAAUACAAUCAGUUUCUAUGGCAGGUGGCCCCGAUGGCAACGCCGACUCUGCAUUGUCUGCAAAUUUAAUGAAAAACAAUAACCUCAGACCGAUCAACAACUAUCAUCAAAGAGACGAACGAUUAUCACCAACAACAAAUCAAUUGGCACAAUGGUUUUCCCCAGAGUUACUUGCCAGAGCAUCGGCUGGGAAAUUGCCCCCUUUGAAUAUGAAUCAGGCGCUCAGCUUGGAAGAAUUCGAACGUAGCAUGCAACAUUCCUCAGCCACAGUGCUCAAUUAAGACUUAAGCAAAUAUAUCUAUUUUAAAAGAGACUUAAAUUAAAACUAAACUAUAAUUAGUUGAAAUGAUUUUUGUGUAUUAUUUUUAAUAAAGCCCGUUUCUUUUAAACACAA